AUGGCACAUUCACAGGAUCAGACAACUGAGUAUUUUCAAUCAUUAACUAACUGUAAUGAUCGACAAGUUGUCGUUGAGUUUUUGAAAAUCUACGAAUGGGAUGUUAAUUUUGCUACAGAAGCAUUUUUGGCUGAGUAUGAUGCAGAGCGAGUUGCAAAUGUUAAACCAAACUUGCUCACUUUACUUCGCACUAUUUCACCAAAAACGGAAAUCCGAUAUAGCUUAACGAACGAGGAUUCAACAGAACAAGAAAAAAGUUCUGAAAAUCAUGAUCAACAAGCAAAAAAUCCUUCCCUUGAUCUAUCAAGUCAUUCAGAAACAGAAAGCUAUUCCAAUCACACUACAGCACCAUUGAAUAUAGCACCUUCUGAUGAUCAAGUGCAUCAAUUGCUUGCAUCAAACGCAGAAACCAUAUCUUCAAACCUUCCCGAUAUCAAACAAUGUGAUAAGAGCAAACAACAACUUCUACAAUGUAUUGAUUCAAAUGUCAUUGGUAAGAAUCAUCGAAUCAAUACUCCAUGGGGAUCCCGAAAAAUUGUUUAUGCUGAUUAUACAGCAUCUGGACGUUGUCUAAGAUUUAUCGAAGAUUACAUGAUGAUCAAUGUCUUACCUUUUUAUGCUAAUACACAUAGUGAAAAUAAUGCAUGUGCACUACAGACUACGAAAUAUCGUGAAGAAUCACGAACGCUGAUUAAACGAUGUGUGAAUGCAACCAAUGAUGAUGUAGCCAUUUUUACUGGAUCAGGAGCAACAGCUGCUAUCAAUAAACUUGUUGAUGUUUUACAAUUGAAAGAUGAAACAGUUCGAAGACAAACUGUUGUAUUUAUUAGUACAUUUGAACAUCAUUCAAAUAUUUUACCAUGGAAAGAAACCGGUGUAGAAGUUAUACGCAUUCCUAAUAAUAAGCAAGGUCUUAUGGAUGACAAUUUCUUAACGGCUCAAUUGAAAAAGUAUCGUGAUGAAUGUAAAAAACGUAUUAUUUGUACGUUUAAUGCGGCGAGUAAUGUAACUGGUAUUCGAACUGAUGUUGAUAAUAUAUCAACACUUGUUCAUCAAUAUCACGGUUUGAUUUUUUGGGAUUAUGCAGCAGCAGCACCUUAUGUUAAAAUUGAUAUGAAUCCAUCCGAAAUCGCUUCUAAAGAUGCUGUUUUUAUUUCUACACAUAAAUUUGUCGGUGGACCAGCGGCACCAGGUAUUUUAAUAGCUAAGAGAAAAAUUUUUACCAAUGAAGUCCCAUCUGAUUGUGGAGGUGGUACAGUAAAUUUUGUAACUAGAACACAGACUGAAUAUGUAAAAGAUAUUGAAACACGCGAAGAAGGUGGAACGCCCAAUAUUCUUGGUUCUAUUCGAGCUGGUUUAGUUUUUCAUUUAAAAGAAUCUGUUGGUUGUCACACUAUUGAAACACGUGAAGACGCAUUAGUUGAAAAAUUCUUUGCACGGUUUCGAAAUCAUCAUACAUUAUUUGUACUUGGACCAUCAACUGUUGCUCGACUAGGAAUAUUUUCAUUUCUGAUUUAUGUGCCAUCUAUUCAAAAAUACUUGCAUCACAAUUUUAUUUGUGUCUUAUUGAAUGAUUUAUUUGGUAUUCAAGUACGAUCAGGAUGUUCAUGUGCUGGGCCUUAUGUUUUAGUAAAUGAGAUUUUUUUAUUUUGA